UAUGAGACUCUUGGAACUCAGCAUCCGUCUCUGCAGUGUCACAUCACCUGCAUGGUCACACACCCGUCGGAUGCACCAGCUCCUGUCUAUGACUGGAGCGACGCAACUCAGCAGUCCUGGCCUCAGGUCAUCCCUGACGUCUCGCUGGGUCACUCCAUACCAACGGAAUCCCCUCAGUUCUACCCGAUCCUACCGCCACAGAGGAAAGGUCGUAAGAAGCUCAGACUUUAUGAAUACCUCCAUGAAGCCCUGAAUGACCCCAACAUGGGCGACUCCAUCCAGUGGACGGACAGCGGCAGCGGCACUUUCCACUUCAUCUCCAAGAACAAGGAGAAGCUGGCCGAGUGCUGGGGCCAGCGGAAGGGCAACCGAAAGACCAUGACCUAUCAGAAGAUGGCCCGAGCUCUGAGAAACUACAGCCGCACCGGCGAGAUCAUCAAAGUGCGCCGCAAGCUCACCUACCAGUUCAACCCGGACAUCCUGCACAGGCUGGGCUCCACUCAGGUGUCCCUGCGGCUGCCCUGUCACCCUGCACAGGACGAGUUCCAGGGCCAGCAGCAGUCGAGCCCGGCCGAACAGAGCUACUACAGCCCCUCUGCGGUGGACUGGCACAGCUGGUACGGACACUACCAGAUGCAGGAGGACUACGAUCUGGCCUCCAGCCUCACCUCACACAGCAUAACCAAACUCUGA